AUGUUGCGAAAUGGGCGACUUUGGGUGGCUGCGGCCUCCUUGAUGGCGCUGUCCUCGGGCGAGUCUGAGCAGAUGCUGCGGGCACUGCGUGGCAGGCCCCUUAAGGCCCAGGAAGCCGGUGUCCCGGGCAACACCUCAAAGCUGGCCUGGGGGAACUCGUCGGUGACGAGGGCUUUGCAGACGCAACAAUCAGCGACGACAUUCGUGGACACCGACAAGCUGGCCGCGCCGGAACAGUGGGAUGCCGACAAAGAUGCAAGGAUUGACGCAAGAAACGAGGCCUUUGCCGCAUCUGCCUAUACCUUGGUGCUGGUAGCAGCGAACUUCGGCGAAAGCGGCACGGAGUGGAGUGACCAGCAGAUCAACACCGUCAUCGAAAGCACCAAGUCCAUCCUAAUGGCGGCCUCGGCCGCGGGGGGUAUCGGGACCAUGGUUGGUGCUUCGCUCAUUGUCGGCAUCUGGGAUGUAUUCAACCCCUACGACACCGAGGUCAGCUUGGAAGACCGGCUUGCACAGUUCAAGCAGGAGAUCUUGGAAGAAGUGAGCGGCAUGAUGGACACAGCCUUGCUGAGGGACCACUUCUCCAAGCGAGCCGUGGAGAUCGGCCACUUCUACAAGCAGUUGAACUACGCUCGUGAUGCCCUCGCACUCAUGGAACCCUCUGCCAGACUGUCCACGCUUCUGUCUUUAGAAAGCGAGGCAGGAAACCUCAGAGACCUCUUGUUCUUCGAGUGUGUCACAAGGCCCUUGCGAAGUCAGGAGUGCUCCGAACAAUUCAAGCCUGGCCUCUUCCUUCUCCAGAACCUCAUGAUGGUGCACAUUGAGCUGAUGGGCGACCUCAUCCAGGCCGCCAAGGAGGUGAGUCCACAGAAGGGUCACCGCCAAAUCCUCAAGGAUGGCUUCCGCAAGAUCGGCUGCCCGAGGGUUCCAGACUUAAGCUCCAACAUCACAACAUGCCACUGGAGACCAGGCCUGGAUUCACAGUUUUCGGGAUGA